CUCCCUCCCGCUUAGGUUUUUGAAUACUUUAUAUUUCAAGUUUCCGACGACAAUGUAAAACGUCUGUAUACUUUUACUCAUCCAUGUUGGGAGAAAACAUGAGAUCGAUUCAAUUGCAUAAGCAAAAACAACUUUUGAAACUCUUUUCGUCUAAUCUGUACGCUUUUCUUCACAUCAACAGAAGCUUUGCUUCCUCUUCUCCUCCUCCUCCUCCUCCUCAGAUCCAAAUCAAUCAAAAACCUUUUAUACCCAAAACUUUCUUCAAAUCGGAUAACAAAGAUGAACACAUAAGCCGCUUAUGUAAAGAAAAUAAAUUUACAGAAGCCAUAGACAUCCUAUGCCAACAAAAGCGUUUAAGAGACGCAACUCAAACGCUUGAGCUUGUGCGUCGCCCCAACCCAACUAUAUACUCCAAGAUCAUACAGCUCUGCCUUCAACAAAGAGAUCUCCAGGAGGGAAAAAGGGUUCAUGACCACAUUCGGUUCUCGGGUUUUGUACCUGGCCCCUUUAUUUCCAAUUGUCUUCUUGACAUGUACUGCAAGUGUGAGAGCCUUGCUGAUGCGCGGAGGGUGUUUGAUGAAAUGACCGAUAGAGACUUGUGUUCUUGGAAUACAAUGAUUUCUGGCUACGCAAAGAUGGGACAAUUGGAAGAAGCACGGAAAUUGUUUGAUGCAAUGCCGGAGAGAGAUAGUUUUUCUUGGACAGCCAUGAUAUCGGGCUUUGUUCGACAUGACCGGCCUAAAGAAGCUUUGGAUUUUUAUAGAAUGAUGCAAAGGCAUGAAAAUUUGAAAUGCAAUAAGUUUGUGAUUUCUAGUGUUCUUGCCGCUUCGACUGCCACUCAAUCUUUACAUCGGGGUAAAGAAAUUCAUGGACAUAUUAUGAGAACAGGGUUGGCUUCGGAUGCGGUGGUUUGGAGUGCUUUGUCGGAUUUGUAUGGGAAAUGUGGGAGUAUACAUGAAGCUCGUCGCAUUUUUGACCGGACAGUAGCUAGAGAUGUUGUUUCCUGGACAGCAAUGAUUGAUAGAUACUUUAAGGAUGGGAAGAGCGAUGAGGGCUUUGCCUUGUUCUCAGACUUAUUAAGGUCGGGGAUUAGACCUAAUGACUUUACUUUUGCUGGAGUAUUAGAUGCAUGUGCUGAUCAACCAGCUGAGGAUUUGGGUAAGCAGGUUCACGGGCACAUGAUGCGAAUUGGGUUUGACCCAUAUUCAUAUGCAGCAAGUGCCCUCGUCCAUAUGUACUCAAAGUGUGGAAACAUUGACAUUGCAAAAAGGGUUUUCAAUUGCAUGCCUCAGCCGCAUUUGGUUUCGUGGACUUCCCUUAUCAAUGGAUAUGCUCAACAUGGCAGACCCAAUGAGGCUCUUCAGUUUUUCGAGUUGCUUCUCAAAUCAGGCACUCAGCCGGAUCACAUUACUUUUGUUGGCGUUCUUCAUGCUUGCUCUCAUGCUGGUUUAGUUGAUAAAGGCCUUGAAUAUUUUCACUCAAUAGAGGAUAAACACGGGUUAGCUCACACAGCAGAUCAUUAUGCAUGUGUGAUUGAUCUUUUGGGGCGAUCUGGCAGAUUCAAAGAAGCUGAGGAUGUUAUCAAUAAAAUGCCUAUGAAACCUGACAAAGUUUUGUGGGCGUCCCUACUUAGUGGCUGUAGAAUUCAUGGAAAUCUUGAACUGGCAAAGCGAGCUGCAGAAGCGUUAUUCGAGAUAGAACCUGAAAAUCCAGCUACAUAUGUUACGUUGGCCAACAUCUAUGCAACUGCUGGUAUGUGGGGAGAAGUGGCAAAAAUCAGAAAGACUAUGGAUGACAGAGAAGUGGUAAAGAAACCUGGUUUGAGUUGGAUUGAAAUCAAGAGAGAAGUCCACGUGUUCUUAGUGGGAGAUACAUCCCACCCAAAAUCAAAGGAAAUACAUGAAUUCUUGGAGAAAAUUUUGAAGAGAAUGAAGGAAGAAGGGUAUGCCCCUCACACGGACUUUGUGCUGCAUGAUGUAGAAGAAGAACAGAAGGAGCAAAAUCUCUCCCAUCACAGUGAGAAGCUUGCCGUUGCUUUUGGAAUCAUUGCUACUCCGCCAGGAACGCCAAUUAAGGUCUUUAAGAAUUUAAGGACCUGUGUGGACUGCCACACUGCUUUAAAAUUUAUUUCAAAGAUUGUUGAGAGAAAAAUUAUUGUCCGGGAUUCAAAUCGGUUCCAUUUUUUUGAGAAUGGGAACUGUUCAUGUAAAGACUAUUGGUGAUUCAGACCGUUAAGAAAAUCAGCCAAACACAGAGUGCUUCUAAAAGACAAACUUUCAGUAGUAUUACUUUUACAGACAUAUUAUAACAUGUUCUGAUUAAGGUUGUAGUCUUUU